AUGACGGCUUCUUUACGGCGCCUUGCCCAGCGAUCCAGCGAGGACUCGCCGAUAUCCAUGACCUCGUCACUCCAUGAGGCCCUCGACUUCACCAACCAACUUUCCGCCCUGCUCGAUAAACAACAUAAUGACGCCGUGAUGCGAAAAUUCCAACAGUCACAGCAAUCGGUACAGCGUGUGGAGUUUCGUGUAAUUGGGUUCGGCCAAUGUGAGCUGGUUUUUGAAAGACCAGGACGUGGCUUCGUUUUAAAGGUCGCAAAGAGAUCAUAUCAAGACGCCCUUUGGAACGAUUUCCUGGCGCACCUACGGGUGCAAGAAGCUUUUGAUAGGAUCGAAAGCAAGAACUGUGAAGUCAGGGUGCCACGAAUCUUCUCAUAUAUUUCUCAAGAAAACACUCUGUGGUGGGAGCAAAACUCCACCCUGUUCCGAAAUGUGCAUGAGUCAAUUACGUUACCUGCGAUGGCCUUAGUUUCGGAGAGGAUUCUCCCUAUACCAAAGAUUGCGCGUGAGGUAUUGAUUCAAAACUACUGCGCUGCUUCAUCCCGAGCUACAGUCUCCUCCAACCCCGCAAAUCGCGACUGCUUGGUCCGCCUGUAUCUGGGUCAACGACGCUCUACCAAAGUUCCGCCACCGAACUUCACCUUACGGAAUUACAACCUCUACUUGGACCAGAUGAUUGAGCUGAACUUUCCUGUCAAACGAAUGGCAACUUCAAUCGGGGAGGCGCUGUCGGUCCUCCAUUGGUCCGCAUAUGUGGAUGGUUAUGAUGUUGAAUUCGUCCUUGGUAGCGAAGCAAACGCCGAGUACUCCCCUGACAUCCUGGCUGCCCUACAUAUGACCUCUGACCAAGUAGCGGCGUUGCCGCCCCAUACCGAUAUCGAGUCCAUUGUCAAAGUCAAUUUUACUCGUCGUACAACACGGGUUUGGCUACUUGAUUUCAACCUUUGUCAUAUCUGGCAAGAAGAUACCGCGAUAAAUCACCCAGAGGCACUCAUUGACCAACUAGUGGAAGCAUUCUUUGAGAACGAUCCUUAUUAUCCCUUACCCCUUGUUGAUACGGAUCCCGAAAAAGAGCUAUGGGAACUGUUCAGUAGGGUGUAUCUCGAUAAGGCUAAGCAGUUACUCCGGGGGAAGGACCGACGACUUGUGAAUCUGCCGCAGCUUUUUAUCGAUGGCUGCAUCAAUCGGGAGAAAUUGAGCUUGGAGAAAGGCAUGCCCCAUGGACAUCGAAACAGCCGGCAAUGA